AUGGCAUCCAACUUGUACAAUUUGUUGAUGUCCUAUACGAAGACCCAAGUAUGCUUUACAGCUAUUGAGUUGACCUUGUUUGAUAUACUGGAAGGUGGACCCAGGAGUGUCAAACAAGUGUUAGAAAUGGUAGAGGCAGACGCCGACCGUAUAGAAUGCAUACUCAACGCGUGUGUUGGAAUGGGACUGUUGGAGAAAAUACAUAUGGCUAAUGUUGAUGGAGAUUGCCUAUUCCGCAAUACGCCCGUGUCGAAGAAAUAUCUGACUUCAUCAAGCCCGUUGUCAAUGCUUCCUAUUUUUAAUGGGGCCAGUCGAAUUGAUUACCAAUUGGUUGGCAACUUGACUCAUGCAGUGAGAGAAGGCAAAUCACAAAUACCGCGAGUGUAUGGCAGCCGCAAUUACUUCGACGAACUUUAUCGCGAUCCCAAUGAAAUGAAAGCAUUCAUGGCAGAAAUGCAUUCAACAAUAACCGUGCUUAUGCGUGAACUGGUAACUCUGUUCGAUUUGUCGCAUUACACAAAUGCGUGCGAUGUCGGUGGUUGUACCGGUGCAUUGGCUUACGCCUUCGCCGCCAAAUACCCCAAGAUGACGUUAGCGGUACUGGAUAUUCCUGACGUUAUUGCACUAGCAGGUCACUUCACGCCAAUCGACCCGAAGUCGGAAAGAGUAACAUUCAUAGCUUGCGAUUUCUUUGCUGGCCCGUUUCCGAACAGCGAUUUGUUCGUUUUAAGUAAUAUAUUACAUGACUGGUCUGACGAUCGUAUUGGGGGAAUUUUAACGAAGGCAUACAAUGCAUUGGAUUCUGGAGGUGCCAUACUUAUCAUAGAAGCUCUGUAUGAUGACGAUAAAACAGGUCCCAUCACAACAACUGCUCUUUGCAUGGUGAUGAUGGCAACUUUCGAUGGAGGGAAGCAGAGAAGCGCCCACGAAAUAACGCAGCUUCUGGAAAAGCAUGGAUUUGUUGACGUACAAGUGAAAAGAAGUGGUAUUGUCCACGAUGCAAUUUUGGCAAAGAAAAUGUGA